UUAGGAUAUCAAACACAUCUAGACCGCUAGUGGUGAAAAGCAAAGCAUUGAUAAUCAAUUUUUUGUUUUGUUUUCACUUUCGCCCAAGCGUUUAACGAAUUUGUUAUAAAUACCAACAAACAUCAACAGAAAAUAUCAAAUCAGAUUUUCCUUGAAGGCAGCCUGGCUAAAUAAGUUCUCAUUUUUAAGAUGGAGUACACUGCGAACACGCUGAAUGAAGUUGAUGCUAUCAAAAGUGAUCUGACUCUCAUCAAACAUCAGGACGAGAUCUUGAUGCAGAACCUUUUACAGAUCAGCAAGACCAUCCAAAAAGCAGCCUCUGCCUGUAGACCAGUUCCACGACUAGUCUUAGGUCGAACAUACAUCUGCAGGCACGGCCACACUAACUGUCUAGGACACCAUGGACCGGAGAGCCACAUUCCUCUCAAGAAAACAAGAACCACACAACGGAAUGUGUCCGAGUCUCUGAAAAAUCUUAAAGACAUCACAAGCUCGAUCGAGGAUAUGAGUUUCAGUGACGUUUCAGAUUUCUCAUCGUCGGAUACUGACUGAGCUUUGAUCUUAUCAGAGGUAGUGUGUCCGGACUCCAACCAGUCCUAGCAGUCGAGAUCUGUCAUUUGUUCUCCUAUGCUAAACUGCAUACCUGACGAGGAAAGUUCACAAAGGCAGGGGUUGAAAAUCUGUCACGAGCAAUCUAGUACACUAAGGAAAACGACAAAAUUAACAGUCCUUUUGUCCAUUUGUUGUGCAUUACCAGACUCUCUGAAGUUUGAACUCAAUGCAUAGAUCAACAGCAAGUGAAAUCAAAAGUUGAAAUAAUGUUACAUAUUAUAAUCAAUGUUUCAACUAACUGCAUUUUAAGAAUGAAAUGCAUGUAUAUAUACAUUCAAUCUGUUUAAUCGAAUAAACCACGAUUGUAUAA